UUGAUGAAAAGAAAAUCGUUCAAAUAUAAACAAUACCACAGCAUAAACUAUCCAAUCGACUAUAACCAAUAAACGGACCAUUCACAUACUGUCUCAGUAACACAUGGGGUCUAACGUGUAAAUAGUUUUCUAUUAGAAACCACAUUUCACCUGCUUUGAAGAUGACCCUGCUAAAUGUGAAAGGAAUUUAACUUUUACAAUCCGUACACGUGUAAUGUAUUAAACAUCGAACAGGACAGGAGCAAUGAAAACAUUACGAUUCUACGCAUGCGCUGGUUUGGCUGUAUUGUCGGUCUGCAUCUUUUCAGUCAUAUUCUACAUCCAUCCUAACACUAUUCGUUCUUUGACACGACACGGAGAAGCAAUCCUGAGAGGGAACUCCGUCUACAAGAAAUCCCUGUCAAAUGCCAUAUUCGACAGGUAUGAUGCACGAGAAACAAAAAGCUUUACCACAUCAUCUUAUUCUCAUUCAAGCAAUCAGAGCCUGUCGUUAACAACAAAAGAACGUCGUCAUAUAGCCUUCCUGAAGGUGCAUAAGGCUGCAAGUUCAACAGCUCAGAAUAUCUUUUUGCGGUUUGCCCAGUCACGAGACCUCCUGGUAGUGUUACCGUUAGUCCCGAAGUUCUUUUAUCCGAAUGUCAUCAGCGUUUCUACUUCAGUGACAAAACAAAACAUUCUUCCUGUUCCGGAGGGCAGGUUCUAUGAGAUCCUAUGCUGCCACGUUAUAUACAACAGAGAUGCAUUCGCUCGUAUCAUGCCUGCUGAUACAGUCAACAUAGGUAUUGUACGAGACCCUUUUGAACACUUUAUAUCUACUUUGAAUUACAUGCGACCACAUGAGGUGUUUAAGAUAAAUACUUCAGACCCUGUUUCGGUCUUCCUUCAGAAUCCAACGAAUUACGUCAAACGAACCAGUCAGGGUUUUGCCAAUAACAGGAUGGCCAUUGAAUUCGACUUUCCUGCAGAACUGUUUGAAACACGAGACAAAGGUGGUAUAGAGCGUUAUCUGCACAAGUUGGAAAGUGAAUUUCAGCUAGUUCUGAUUGUAGAGUUGUUCGACGAGUCUUUAGUUCUAAUGCGCAGACUUCUCAACUGGGAAAUGAAGGAUAUCCUAUAUGUGAAACUCAAUUCCAGAAGACAAUUGUUUGAUAGAAUAAAUUUUAAGCCCGGAGAUGUACAAUUAUAUAAAAGAUGGGGCGAGAUAGAUUAUGCCCUUUAUGACUUCUUUUACCGACGGCUACAGGCCCAAAUUCAGGAGCAAGGGCCAACAUUUCACGAGGAACUGUUGUAUUUCCGACGUUUACGUCAGGACAUGCAGAUAUACUGUGAGAAGAAACCAUUGUCAAAUGUCCCAUACCAUGUAACUGCGUCUUCCUGGAGUGAUGCUUUUGAAAUCACUAAGGAAGAUUGUUCGUAUAUGAGGAAAGGAGAGAUACCUUUUAUAAGAGAAAUAAGAAUGCAGCAGUACGGAUUUUACAAUGACACAUUUUAGUUUUUUGUAAACUCUUGUAAACGAUCGUUUAUCUAUCGGCGAUUGUAAAUUGUCGUUAAAUUAAACAUCUUGAUUUUAACAUAAUCUAAUGCGUUGAAAGGGCAUUAUUAUUAUCUUUUUUUUUUUUUUUUUGCCAAGCGUAAGUCAAAUUAUAUAAGCUGCAUUAUCAUAUGGGUAUAAAUCAUCAAGGACAUCAUAUUGAAUAAAUGAUGCUGCAUAGUCUUA